AUGUGGUGUCAGCUUUACCCUUGGAUCGACCCGGAGCUGGAGCGGUCUCUCUCUGUGGGGGAGACUGUGGGGGAGACUGUGGGAGAGACUGGGAACGCUCUGGAAGCCCAUCUGUUCGACACAUGCAACACUUUCUGUUUCUGUGUGAGCCUCGCAGCGCUGCAGAGGAAUGCGGUGAGCUGGCUGCGGUUUUCCGGUCUCCCCCUCUCCCCCCUCCCUCCCUCCCUCACCCCCCUCACCCCCCUCACCCAUUGCAGGAGGCUACUCUGCGGUCUCAGCACAGACCAGAGGAUUGUCCAGGACUCAGCAGCUCCUGACCUCCUCAUCCUCACCCUCCAUUUGGUGGGACAAAGCUGCAGACAGAGGCGCUCCUGUCUGCCUCCAAAAGGAAGAGGAGAGCAGGAGAUAAGCAGCUGA